AUGGAAGCUUACGAGAAGUACGAUCAUGGUGGGCUCCUCAAAAAUAGGUACUCGAAGGUGAGCGAUAUCUCUGAGGGGUCAUAUGGAUUGGUUUCUUUGGCUAAAGAUCAAGAUAACGAGAAUGCUCUUGUUGCCGUUAAGUAUAUCUUUCCGGUCAACUAUAAAAGACAAAAGCAAUAUUCCCAGCUUUCGAACACAACAGGUCGGGCCACAUCUUCGCCAGCAAAACUCAGAUCAAAUACGGGCACUUCGGACUCGAAGAAGAAAGUCAUGAUUUCUGCUUUGUGUGAAGAAUCGUCGAAGGAGUUUGCGAUACACCAGAUAUUGGGAGAUCAUCCAAACAUUCCGAAGUUGAUUGACCAUUUCGACUCAUGUUUAAUCCUUGAAUACUGUUCCAAGGGAGAUCUUUAUGAAGCAAUGCAGAACGAUGUUGGUCCUACAACCUCCCAGGAUAUCAAGGAUGUUUUCGAUCAAAUUCUCAGUGCCAUAGCUUAUUGUCACUCUAAAUCAGUGUUCCACAGAGAUUUGAAGCCAGAAAAUAUCUUAAUUGCGCAGGACUGGUCCAUUAAAGUCUGUGAUUGGGGUUUAGCCACCACGCAGCAGAUAGUUACUAGUCCAAGUGAAUUCGAUAUUGGAUCUGAAAGAUAUAUGGCUCCAGAAUUGUUUGAUCCUGAACUUCAGUCAUAUGAUGCAUCAAAGGUUGACUUGUGGUCUUUAGGUGUGAUUUUGUUGACUCUUGUGUUUCAAAAGAAUCCUUUUCAGGUUGCAAAUUAUACUGAUAAGCGGUUCUUGCAAUUUUCUGCCAAUAGAGAAGCAUUGUUCGAUUUUUUCAGUUCAAUGACUGGUGAAAUGUUUAGUUCCUUGCGCUUUUGUCUCACAAUGGACCCUUCGAAUCGUGACUUGGAAAGUUUUCGUGCUGAGCUUAAGAGCUUAAAAUACUUCACCAUUGACGAGGAGUAUUGGGCAUUACACAGUGAAGAAGAAAAUGAAGCUGAAUAUGAGGACAACGGUUACGAAGAUGAAGUAGAAGAACCUAAUCUGUUGGAAGACUUGACUCAAUCCAGGGACACGUUUCCUUUCGAACCCGAAAUAUCUCAAAGUGCAUCUACGGAUGUAAGAGAUCCGCCCAGCUUUCAAGAUGAUCAAACAUCUGCAAGGGAAGACGAGGUUAUGCCCCAUAAUCGACGCGCAGAUGCCUUACUUUCGCCAACCACCAAUGCUAAACCCAUACCGAUCGGUGGCACACUGCAAAUUAGAAACACGAGAAAACCAUUUGGAGUUGCCUCCUACAACAAAAAUGGCACUUUUUUUGCUUCACAGAAGAAUCAUGGCAGUUACAAUAGCCAUAGUAACAGUCAAGGAAAUAGGUUCCGGCGUGAGGAUUUCUUUACUCCAAGAAGCGUGUUUUCGCAUUACAUGGAUAAGUACGGCGAGCAGAAAGAGAUCAGUGAUCUGCAUCGUGCGUAUGAAAAAAAGAAAAAGGUAUGGAAUUCAGGAAGAAAAAAACAGUCAUGGAAAAAAAGAGGCUCAGUCUUUCAACCUUUCAAUAAUGGUGCUAAUCAUGCGCCUUACAUGGCAUCUUCCCCUCCACACCAUACACCACUUCCAAAUGGAUGCUCCCCCGCAUCAGCUCAAUGGGGAAGUAAAAAUGCUGGGAAGUAUGUCCCACCAUUCUUGAGAUCCCCUCAUUGCAGAAUGAAUCCAUUAUCAGUCGAUGAGGUAAGUGAAGAGAUUGAUCACUUGGCAUUGACAGACGGUGAAGUGUUUGUUUUAGAGGAUGAUUACCAUGAAAAUGAUCCUAGAAAGAAUGAAUUGAACCUGUCAUGCAGGCUGUCAUUUCGGGUACAGGAUAAUCAUUCAUUUUUCUCGGAUUUGUCGCAGGAAGCGCAUUACCACGGGAGCGAUGGAGACUCCCGGAGAGCAUCAAUGAUUAAGACUGAUAACAUUAACCACGGGACGCCUGGGAAAUACGUUCCUCCUUUUAGAAGAAGCUCCAUGGGUAUAGUGGCUGAUAAGCGUCGCUCCAUCAUUCCGAACGGGUCUCCUUUCGCAGGACUUCUGCAAACCUUGUUGAACCAAGAAGCGUCUAGAAGUGUCCCUGGGGAAAACUGGCUCUUUAAAAGAGACUGGGAAAACUAA